AUGUUUUUCAUGCGAGAUUCGAAAAAAUUGGCAUAUGAAUCCGAUUUAAUAUAUGAAAAAGCUGUGUUUGCUUGUGUCCACAGUGGACAACCACGAGUACGUGGAGCUGGUCGUCGUCCUGAUCAACAUUAUUUAGCAUUAGGAUGCCCGGCAAAAAUUCGUUUAUUAAAUAAAAAUAGCGUAUUGAAAAUCACAGUUUUGGAACUCAAUCACAAUCAUGAAAUAAGUAAAAGCUUACAAAAAUUUUAUCCGAAAAAUCGUCAGUUUGAUUUAAAAUCGAAAGAAAAGAUCAUCGAAUUAGACAAACAUCAAGUACCACGUGGUAUUAUUAGAAAUAUUAUGUUGGGAGAUAAUAAUGGGAAAUUUUGUACUGUUAAAGAUAUAACAAAUGUUUUAACAAAAAUGAAACCACCAUCAACACAAAAAGAAAAUAUUUUAGUUCAAAAAGCAUUAGAAGAUAUCAAAGUAAUAGAUCCAGAUGCAACAGUCAUAGUGAGAACGGAUGAACAAAAUCAAGUUGAAUCAAUAUUGAUUGCAACGAGUGGAAUGAAAGAAAAUUUCAAAAAAUUUGGACAAAUGAUAUUUUUGGAUUCGACGUACAAGAUUAAUGUUGAAAACUUUUCGUUAUAUUGUUUUCUAAUUCAAGAUAGUUUAAGUUUUGGACAACCAGUGGCAAUAAGUUUUUUGUCACACGAAUCUAAAUAUCAUAUGAGACAAUUAUUAACAACGUUCCAAGAUUUAUACAAAAAUUCGACUGAAAUCAAAACAUUUAUGGUGGACAAAGAUUUUAUUCAAAUGAAUUUGUUAAUUAAUAUAUUUCCAACAUCUCGUGUUUUGUUGUGCUAUUUUCACGUCGUAAAGAAAUGGCGAGAAGUUAUCGCUCGUUUGCCAAUAACCGUCGAUGAAAAAAAAUUGAUAUUAAGAGCAGCAAAACGAGUUCUGUAUUCAAUUGAUGAAGCAACGCACGAAUGUAACAUUGAACAGUUAAAAAAUGUUAGUAGUCACACAGAAUUUGAUAUGUAUUUUCGUCAGAAUUGGCUAAAUUGUAAAGAACAAUGGAUAUUUUAUAUGAGAAAAAAUAUAACAACAUUGUUGAACAAUACAAAUAAUCGAAUUGAAAGUUUUUAUGCGUAUGUAAAACGAACAUUUCGUCAACGGAAUUGUAUCCCUCAUAUGGGAGAGGCUAUUGAAAUAUUAAUGAAGAUGUUACAUUUAAAAUCAGACACUCAGCAGUAUCGAAACUUUACACAAUCAUUGACUGUUUAUCAAAAAAAUUAUAAUCAUAAUCAUCAAGAAUUUUUAAAUUAUUGUGGUCGUGUAUUAUCUGACAAGGCAUGUGAUUUAAUUAAUAAUGAAUUAAUCAAGAUGGAUACCGGAACGUUCGUUAUUGAUGAAGAAGAGGAUAAAGAAAAUGACAACAUUAUUAUCACCAAUUCCACAACAACACGAACAUAUGAAACAAAGCCGAAUAAACUAAUAUGUUCUUGUUAUUUUAAUUCAACCACAUCGUUACCAUGUUGUCACAUUCUGAUGUACUUGAAAAAAAACGACGGUCUGAAUUCUAUAAAUGAAAAUUUAAUUCAACAACGAUGGUUGAGAAAUAUGACGAUUCAUUCAGAUGCUAUACCCGUUGUAUUUGACGAUUAUUCAAACAAUUUAAACGAAAUAACUUUGAAUGAUUCCACGGAUUUUAAUAUGACAAAAGUAUUAACAGUUGGUGAAAAACAUAAAGAAGCUUGGGAAGUAUUUAAUCAAAUUCAAUCGUAUUUAACAACAUUGGGAACAGACGACUUUUAUCAGCGUUUAAGUGAAAUUAAAGAACUGCACACUAAAUGGACAAAAAAUAAAAGGUAA